CGUGGCCCGUGAGAGCUAUCAACCAGCAAGGGUGCUUAUCUUGCUUAUCUGACCCUGGGGCAUCAAUCAUUGAUGGGAGCCUGCAGGGUAUUAUAGUCAAUCGUCGGACUAUGUGCAAUCCGUCCUCCACUGGCUUGCGACCGAGUGUUUGACAAUUCAUCCUUCACGUCAGGCCUGGGUCGCUGUUCUGUGCACCUGUCGAUAUACUAGAACAUCAUUCCAUCAUAUCCGAGCACAGGUGGAGGACUGUGAGCAACCGCCAUGAAGUUCAAUCGGCCUCACCUUCAUGUGGCUCAAUCGAAGUCUGCUUUUGCAGAGGGCAACUCUCGAUGGACUAACCUCGAUCUCGACCCGGUACCUCUGCAUCGCCGUAAAUGGGGUCCUCUCAGUUUUAUCUCUUACUGGAUCUCCGACGCUUUCAAUGCGGCGACAUGGCAGUUUGCCAGUAGCAUUAUUGCCGUCGGUCUUAGCUGGCGUGAAUCGAUCGCCAUUGUCGCUAUUUCCUUCUUCAUCAUGUCAUUCGUCAUCGCCGGGAAUGGCGCGGUGGGUGCGAUCUAUCAUGUUCCCUUUCCAGUAAUUGCGCGAGCCAGCUGGGGCUUUUGGGGAUCAUAUGUCGCCAUCGUCUCCCGGGUCAUCCUGGCGCUCUUCUGGUUCGCCAUCCAGAACGUUAACGGAGGAAAUGCCGUGCGGGUCAUGAUCGGCGCGAUCUGGCCCAGUUUCUUAAAGCUGAAAAACAACAUUCCUGAAGACCAGGGAAUCACGACUAAUGGCAUGGUGAGCUAUUUUAUCUUCUGGCUCAUCCAGCUGCCUUUCCUUUGCAUUCACCCGAACAAAGUGCGAUGGCUGUUCGUGGUCAAAUCCGUCAUUGUUCCGACCGCAUGGAUUGCGAUCCUGAUUUGGGCAUUUGUGGCUGAGGGUGGAGGAGACAUGUUUGCCCAGAAGCCGACGGUUUCUGGGUCGCAGUACAGUUGGUUGUUCUUGUCGAGUAUGACUGCAGUUCUGGGUAAUUACGCCACUCUGAGCGUGAAUCAGUCCGAUUUCUCACGAUACUCGCGCGUUACCCCGAAAUGGCAGCUGCUGUACGUUCCAAUGCUGCCAAUCAUCUUUACCUUCAUCUCCUUCAUUGGAAUUGCCGCUUCUUCGGCGGGCCAAGCCCGUUACGGGGGUGCGAUCCCAUGGGAUCCGAUCGAGUUGAUCAGCCACUGGUCCAGUCGAGCGUGUCGAUUUUUUGCCGCGUUCUCCUUCCUGUUGGCAUCCUUGGGAGUCAAUAUCUCGGCCAACUCCAUUUCCGCAGCGAACGAUUUGAUGGCACUGUUUCCGGAGCACGUCAAUCUCCGACGGGGCCAGAUCAUUUGUGGAUUGCUAUCCUGGGCUCUCGUACCGUGGAAGAUCCUUGAGUCAGCAGGCAAUUUCAUGAAUUUCAUGUCGGCAUAUGCGAUUUUCCUCGGACCGAUUGCCGCGAUCAUGCUCUGGGACUUUUGGGUGCUGAAACGCGGAAAGUACGAUACCAUGGCGUUAUAUCAACCACACAACCCUAUAUAUAGAUAUUGGUGGGGGGUGAAUUGGCGGGCCAUUGUGGGGUUCGUGGUGGGGGUGGUGCCAAAUCUGCCAGGGUUGAUCCAUUCGGUGAAUAGCAGCAUUCCGGUGGGAGUGGGGAUCCACCCGUAUCAGUUCGGAUGGCUGCUGGGGUUUGUAGCCACGAGUAUCGUUUACGUCGGGCUGUCCUGGUGGUUCCCGGCGCGCGAGUCCCUCAUUGACCGGGCCGUGAUGGCCGAAGAGAUCUACGAGGCGCGGGAUCACAUUGAGGGGAUGCCGGCUGGGUCGGACGAGGCCUUGCACGAGCAGGAGAAGGUGAAGGUCUAAGUUGCGUAUAGAGUAUAUGAUUUAGGCCCUUCGUUCAUCAAAUCGAGAGAAGCAAACCAGAAAGAAAAGCCA